CCGAGGACUCCGCUCUCUGCCCUCGAAGCCCGGAGCUCCGUACAGCUGUCGGUCGAGGCGAUCGCGGAUGGCAUGCGCAAAUGACAGGAGUUUGAAUUACAGUACUGUACUCGAAUCCUUUGCCUUGCUUUUGAAUUGGCGCGCCGGCACCGCGCACGCAGUUGGUUUAGGCGCUUCUCGUUCAACGGUUCAGGUCCAAGACUAGGGCUUCGUUGGCAAGACUCCGGCCUUCGAAGACUCCUCGUCGUCUCGAUUCUGUCGUCAAUUCUGUCAAUUCUGUCAUCGAUGUUGCCCCUUCUCGUCGUUCUCGCUCGAUUGAGCGGAAAUUGUACAGAUUUCGUGUCGUGCAAAUGUGAGGCGACCACUUUAAAAGAGAGCUCUUUAUUCGACACGGGACUUCAGCCGAACGAUGCAUUGAUAAGUGGACGUGCGGACGGACUAUCUUCUGUCGGAUCACCUGUACUCCAUUGCCGGACGAUCUACGUGUCUCGACUUGUCAACGAUUUGCUGUGCGGUUGACAUUGCGUAGUCAUGGAUCGGCAUUGUCUCAUCAGCGCGAUAUCGAACGGGGAGGUGUCCAAGCGUCUGGACAUUUUACCCAGUUGACCUCGACGCUCCAGAAUUGUUGUGACAUGCACCGUCCUCUCGUUGGCACAAACCCGAAACAUGCCUCACUUAGAGAAGGUUCGUAGUCCAGAACAUGGCCCGUUCACCCAGCUCUGCAUUCCGAAGAGUUCGGGCUUCACUCGAAUGUCGCAGUCUGCGAGAAUUCUCGACGUUUGGCGGAUCAGAUGUUGUAGAGUUUAGCUCUGAAGCAUCUGCCGGUCUUCUUCCUUGACCAUUGCCCACGAUGCAGUCUUGCAGUAGCUAUUCAAAGACGUGAGCAUUACUUUGAAGCUUGUUACAGGAAACGACUCUCCGUCUAACGUGGUACGUAGACAGAACGGGGAUGGUAGAAACAUGGCGAAUCGAUUCUUCGUCAAUCCGAGCGCGCUUGGCUACAAUGCGGAAACGUCGCAGAAUGUGCUAGACAAAAGUGAAUAAUAAGUUUUGAGAGGAGUGCAAGAGAACGUACCGCCUGAGCGCAACUGAACGUGUAUCGGUGACGUACCUGAAAACUUGACUACGAUCCGAGUGCAUGUGGUGACGGGGAGGAUGCACACUGAGCCGAGGUUUCGGCAUGGGCCUCAUCCACUCCCAUUUGUUUCGCACGAGGUAGGUCUUCCACCUUUGGAAAGUCUCGAUAUUUAAUAGUUUCUCCGCUGCACGAUACAAUUCCUAGGAUACACCGGACGCCAAACAGAUCGGAGACUGUGCAGAAUCCAGGCGUGAAAAUAGGACACACACAGCGCAGGGAAUUCAGGCACGGGAAAAGUGGCAUGCACCAGCUUCGGGUUCUGUGCUCAUAACUGCUGCGAAGCAUCUUCGACGAUCCGAAGUGAACCAAAUGGAUCGGAUUAAGAAAUCACCACGCAUCCCGAGACACCAGGUGCAGGUUACGUUCUGACAACUGAUUCGUUCGAGAGCUCGGUGUCAAGGAUUCCGUGGCGGCAGUGUGCAACUUUGGGAUCGUCAAAAAUUGUCACAACCUGAUGAAAGGUCACUUGUCACCAGUGGCUUCUUUUGAUGUUGAGAAACUCAUUUGAGUCUCUCCCCUGGGCAAGGAAAUGAACUCGUGGUGAUGGUUUCGAAAAUAUUUCGUAGGUAAUGUUCGCAUUUCAUUCGAAUGUGUGUCGCGUCUCAGUUGUUUUGCCUUCAUUUACCAUUUACUGUGAAUAUGUGAAGCAUGAAGCUUCACAGUAAAUGGGAAAACAAGGCAAAACAACUGCGGCGCGAAGCAUGAAGCUUCCUGAAAGUGGAGGUUGAAGUGAAUAGAGUCCCCGUCAACGAAGGAAACGGAAACCAAUUGUGUGCCCCUAUUUCAUCACUCAUGUACGUUAGACAUUUAUACCAAAGUUUGAAAAAUAUUUAAUCUUCAACUAAUAGAC